AUGGCGCAGACUCAGAGAUCCCGUUAUCUGAAGACGGGCGCCAUUGUGGCCGCUAUCUUGCUCAUGUUAUUCUGGCUCUCGCCCUCCAAACCAGCAGUAUCGAAUUUGUCACCAGCACGGCCAAGCACCGAUUCUUCUUCUACCGGAGGCAAAUGCUCCAAGCCCCACGACCCCUCUAAACCUUUGAUUCAAUAUGCCCUGAUGAUCGAUGCGGGGAGCCAAGGUUCUCGCAUCCACGUCUAUAAGUUCAACAACUGCGGCUCUACUCCCGAGCUUGAGGACGAAGUGUUCUUCCAGACUGAGGCGAGACCAGGUGGCUCUGGAUUGAGCUCAUACAAGGAAGAUGCUGAGGGAGCCGCGAAGAGUCUCGAUCCUUUGAUGGAGGUCGCGAUGAAGUCUGUCCCCGACGAAUACAAGUCUUGCUCGCCGGUUGCUGUCAAGGCCACCGCCGGACUGCGCAUGCUCGGCCCAGAGAUGAGCCAGAAGAUUCUGGAUGCUGUUCGCACCCGGCUCGAGACGGUUUAUCCAUUCCCCGUCGUCUCCAAAGAGAAGGGAGGUGUAGAGAUUAUGGAUGGUUCCGACGAAGGUGUUUACGCCUGGAUCACCACAAACUACCUUCUUGGCAAGAUUGGCGGCCCGGAUGAGACUCCUACUGCUGCAAUUUUUGACUUGGGUGGAGGUUCGACCCAGAUUGUCUUCCAGCCUACAUUCGAGAAGAGCAAGUCGGGUGGAAUGCCUGAGCGCUUGGCCGAAGGUGAUCACAAAUAUGAUCUCCAGUUCGGUGGCCGUCAUUUUGAGCUGUACCAGCAUUCGCACCUUGGUUAUGGUCUUAUGGCUGCACGUGAGGCAGUUCACAGGACCGUCGUCGAGGCCAUGCUUGCGUCCAGCCCUAAGGAUACGUCUUGGCUCAAGCAGCCAAUCCCUAAUCCUUGCAUUGGGCCAGGUAUGGAGCGGGAUGUCAAGGUGACUUUCCCUCAAGGACAUGCGCUUGCACCAGAUGUCACCGUCAAAAUGGUUGGCCCAAGAGUCGGUUCUUCGGCCGUCCAAUGUCGCGGCCUGGCUGAGAAGAUCCUGAAGAAGGAUGCCGCUUGUACUUUGGCCCCUUGCUCAUUCAACGGCGUUCACCAGCCAGCCCUUGAGAAGACAUUCUCUAGGGAGGAUGUUUAUAUCUUCUCGUACUUCUAUGACCGCACCAAGCCAUUGGGCAUGCCUGACUCUUUCACCAUCGAUGAACUACACCAGCUGACAGCGACCGUUUGCGGCGGCGAAGAGAGCUGGGGUGUUUUCGCGGGCGUUGACAAGGCUCUUCCUGAACUCCGUGACCGCCCUGAGUGGUGUUUGGACCUGAACUUCAUGCUUGGUCUGCUGCACACGGGCUACGAAAUGCCUCUGACUCGCGAAAUUAAGAUUGCGAAGAAGAUUAAGAAUAGAGAACUUGGAUGGUGUCUUGGAGCAAGUUUGCCUCUUCUGAGCCAGGAAUCAGGCUGGACUUGCCGCAUCAAGGAGAUCUCUUAA